AUGAGUUCAGACGAGUCCGCCGCUUACAAGCGUAUGCAAGUAAAAGUAUUAUAUUCAUUUAAUAAUAAUCCAACCGUGUUUUUAUCUCGAUCAAAGGCACAACAUUCUGUGAAAAUUGCUCAAAUACCCAUUUAUAGUAACACCGAGCUGCUGGAAGAAGAGAUGAUCACAUUAGGUGCCUUCGAUUUAAAGCAAUGUACACAACAGGUAUUAAGGAAUUCACCCGAGAAUUUUAGGUUGGAAACAGAAGAUUAUGCAGUGUAUUAUAAGGAUAUUACAGAACAGCCUGAUGAGCCGUUUGUUUCGAACGGUGUCUUAUCAAAUUUGAUAAAUUCAUCCAAAAGUCAUUUAAUACCCGGAAGAGUAUGUCAAAACUUAUCUGCUAGUUACUUGUUUGGUGACAAGAGUAGUUCUUCCUCAUUGACCCUAGAGAUUAGAUUGAAGUUACAUACAAUCGAAAAACAAGAGUCUAGUCAUCAGCAACUGCAGAGUCAGAUGAGUUCUAAGAGGCCCAAUGAUAAUGUGAACUUUGUACAAAAGCGACAAAGAACCAAGCCUAUGGCUUUUUCGAAUACUGCAGUUAAGGCCACAAGAACCAAAUCAUUGCCUAUAUUUUACCAUCCACCAAAUCAGCAGAUUUUCAAUAUAAUGAAUGCCGAUAAAUCUAAUGCUCCGUCGAAAUAUGAUAGUAAAAGUGUGCAAGAAAGAUUUAAACUGGCCCCUUUCUUACAGGCUAAGAUAAUUGAUAAUCCAACACGCAAGUCCAGGAAUCAUCACACUAGUAAUCAGCAUAAUCCACAUACGAGCAAAGAAAGCACUCCAGAACCUCAGAGAGCAAUGCGUACAAGGUCCAUGGUCACUAGCAGAAUGCCAUUAUCUAUUUCCAUGCCGAUCCAAGAAGAUAGCCCUUCUGAUGCGACCGAUGAUACUGAUUAUAAUGAUAACCAUCCACCCAUUGAUGAAGAUGAUGAAGACGAAGAUGAUGAAGAAGAUGAUGGUGCAUUUGAAGAUAACGAUACAUCACCAUACACUCCACAACAGCCACCUUAUAAGGCAAAUCCACUUUCAAACCAUAAUACAUCAAAUUCUCAAUUUCAUGCAUUGCCAGAUUUAGAAGAUUUGGACAGUAGAAAAACACAUACAAUUCCACAUAACAAGUUACCAAAGAACCACGGAUUGGUUUGUACAAAUAGUAACUGUGCUACUAGCUCGUCAAUUACUUGGAGAUAUUUUGAAACUGGAUUCCACCCUAAUUAUCUUGGUAUUCAUAGGGCUACAGAGUUUGACAAAAAGCAUUAUGAAGGUAUGUUUGGUCCAUUGUGUAACGCAUGCUACUUGUUUUUAAGAAAUAAAGGCUUCAUGAGACCUGAAGGAGUUGUCAAAAAGUACUUGCAACAGCAAAAAUACAAGAAGGAAUUAAAACAAAAAGAAGAGGAUGAUAAGAUCAAUGAAAUGUCAAACUCUUAUUCUCAUAAUUAUAAGGGUCGUCUGAAUAGCUUAACCAGUGUUGCAAUGAGAAAUUCCAAUCAAUUUGGAUCAUCACCAGUUGUUUCUCAACCGCAUAAAUUUCCUACACCUCUGCAUACCCCUUCCGCUAUAAAUCAAGUCAUACAGAAUAAUAAUCACAAUACUCUCAAUAAUACAAAUAAUGGAAAUAACAGGCUAACCCCUAAUUACAAUGAUUUGAAUGAUUUCAUGAACCAGCUAAAUUCAUUUGGAGGACCGCUUACGGAUAUUGAUCCUUUGCCUCAGGAUCAACAACAGGGUAUAACUCCCCCUAUGAUGGCAACAAAAUCAAAUACAAGAGUUAUUAAUCUAUAUGAUGAUGGUGAGGAUAAAGAAAACUGUCCACCAAUGUCAUCUGAUGACCAAAGAGGAUCAAAUUCAUCAUCUCCUAACAAGAAUAACUAUCAGGAAAUUGAAAAUAUGAUGGUUAAAUCAUUCAAUCAGAAUACUAAUACCAGCCCAAAUGGUGCACAAAGUGAAUGGAUCAAUAAUCUUUUUGGAGAGCCUACUCCAAGGGACCAAACCCCUAGAGAUGGUAACACAGUUGAAAAUGAAACUGGCAAGCACUCUGCUAAAUAUGAGACGCCCAACGAAUUAAAGCAUUUGAGAAGUUCAAAUAACGAUGAUACUGAAAGCGAAAAAGAAGAGAAUAAUCAAAGUCAUCCUCAUUUGCCUAAAUUAAGAACAUUCACUACGCAUAAUAAGUCAUCUCCCAAUAAUUCCAAAAGCAAGCAAUCUCUGGCUGCAAACAUGCCUUCCUCUCCAUUGAUUAUAUCAAACCUAGAAAAGCAUGACGAAGAUCUUAACACCUUCUUAAAUUCUGAUGCUCAUCAUAAACUGAAUAAUUUUUCGGACCUCGACAAUGAAAUGAACAACUUGGUGAAUGAUAAUAGCAUGUUCCAAAAUAAAGAAAAUAAUCAUUCAUCACCAUCGAUUGCCAAAGCUUCAAGAAAUAAUACUACAAUGUCCUGGGGACCUAAUCAGAAAUCAAACAAUCUCGCUAAUAUCGAAGGCGGAUCUACGCCUAAUACUGAUUUUUAUUCGAAUGAUGACAACUCUAAUACUCAGGAAAAGAAAUAUCUUCAUUCAGUUGAUAUUAAUACAGUUUUCAAUGAACAACUGCAUCACUAA